UAUUCUAGAAGGAUCAAACCCGCCCAAGCUGAGAAAAAAGAAAAGGAAAAGGAAAGCGUUUAAAUAUCAUUGGAAAAUGAAUUUUUGAAAAAGGGUGUCAAAUCCUCACAAACGGUUUUCUACUAGCACAAGGCCCAUUUCCAAUCCAGUGUACGGGAGAGAAAGCUUGGGAUUUGACGCUGCUAAUCAAAGCGAAAAUGGUGAAGUUCUUGCUGAAGAUCGCUGCCGACCUCCAAAAUCUUACAAACCUCCAGCCUCAGGGCGGCUGCGAUGAUCCUUCCUUCUCCUAUCUCUUUAAGCUGAAAUGUGAGAACUGUGGUGAGGUGAGUCCAAGGGAAACAUGUGUGAGCUUGGGCGAUACUGUUCCUCUUCCCCGGGGCAAGGGAACCACUAACCUCAUUCAGAAGUGCAAACUUUGCUUGAGGGACGGAACUGUAACAGUGAUCCCAGGCCGAGGUAAACCACUGACCCAGGAAGAGAGCGAAGCAGAGAACUAUGCACCUCUGAUGCUUUUUGAUUGCAGGGGUUAUGAGCCUAUAGAUUAUGUGUUUGGUGGUGGCUGGAAGGUUGAAUCUCUGGAAGGGACUAAGUUUGAAGGUGUCGACUUGUCUGGAGGUGACUUUGCUGAGUAUGAUGAAGAGGGCGAGUACGUUGUAAAGAUAUCCAACCUCCGCUCAACUUUUGAUGUGGUGAAGUAGUGUAAUACUACUCUCCUCUCCUCUUGCUGGCAACAUGUUAAGGUAAAUAAAACUGACAGUUCAUUCUGAGCGAGAAAGAAACUUGUGACUGGAGUACAUACAUGUAGGCUUGAAGCUAUUUUAGAAGGUGUUUUUAACGUGAAAUGUUGGGUUUUGAUGUAUGUUAAUAGAUACAAUGGCAAUGGUUUUUAACCAAUUGAUGAAUCACUUCAUGGUUCUCUGCCUUUGUGGUUUUCUUGUUUCGUGUUUUUUUGAAUUGUGAAGACAAUUACUUGCCCUUUUCUUUCACAAUUACAA